GCAUCUGCAAAGUCGGUGUUUCUGUGUAGAAAGUAAAAUGUCCAACGUUAGUUCAGCUGGGUUGAUUGAACUGAAAGCAGAACUUUUUAGGAAACAAGAAGAGUUCAAGAAAGAAAAACUUAAAUGUGCGUCAACUAAUUACAUUAAAGGGAAAACAACUGCAAAAAAAACAACAAUAUUGAGAAAAAAUAGUGGAGUUGAUGAACGAGCUAAAAAGGAUUAUGUUGCCAAGAAAGAAGAAGAGGACUCAUUAGAAAAAUCUCGAAAAGUUCUUGAAUUAAAAAGCCAACUCUAUGAGAAAAUAACUAACGAUCAAAAUAUACCUGAUGAAGAUGGAAGCCAAAUUUUCCUUGUUGAUUUUCAAAAGAAAGCCAUUGAUAAAAUCUCUAGUGAAAAACAUAAGGUUUCAUCAGAGGAAACAGAACAAGAGUUUGAUAGUUCGACUGAUGAUCCUGAAGAACAAUGGAUUGAGUAUACAGAUAGUUUGGGAAGAACUCGGACUUGUUUGAAGAAAGAUUUAACAUUUAUGCAGGACAGAGAUAAAGAAUUAGGCUUGCUUCCUACCAAUAAAAAUUCUGAAGAAAUUCAAAGUAAAUCGAAUAGUGAAUCAGAUAAAUCUGAAAUACUUGAUCCACAAGAAAGGUAUCGACAAAUGCUACAUGAAAAAUGGGAUGCUGAAGAAAGAAAGGCUGUUGAAGGACCAAUUGGUCCAAUCCAUUAUGAAAACGUCAGAUUUGAUGAGGUUCGAACGCAUGGUGUUGGUUAUUUCCGUUUCUCUAAAGAAGAAAUGGAAAGAAAAGAACAAAUGAAUUUACUUAACACAUUGCGAGACCAGACAAAAGAAGAAAGAACCAAACGGGAAUUAUUAAAAGAAAAGCGUGAUGCUAUGAUGGCAGUCCGUCUGAAAAAAGUCAAAGAUCGUCAAAGAGCUAAACUUGGCUUACCACCCGAAGUAGAGGAGCCAACAACCGUUUUAGAUGAAAAUUUAAAACAAGAAAAUGAAUCUGAAAAGCAGAAAGAGGAACCUGUAAAGAGAAUUGAACCUCUUCCAAAAAAUUCAUUUCCAGUGAGAGAGUGGGACAUUGGAAAAGACAAAUUUUUUGAAAGAGAAAAAGAAUAUUUUAAGCAAAGGCGGGAUGAAAGAAAUUAUGAAUUUGCUCCACCACCAGAUUGUUACAAUAAUAAUGUUUCUAAAGAAAUGAAUUUGCCAAAGAGACAAUAUAAGGAUUGCUAUGUACUCCAAGAAAGAAAGAAAAGUAAAAUGAGCAGAAAGCAAACAGUUAAAAUGGAUGACAAUUGUAUGCAGUUAAAUCCGAUAGAUACAGCAAAUAUUCCACUUCCAGGAGAGACAAGGAAACUAAAUUCUGUAGAUAAUUCAUCACUGAUUUCAUCAGAAAGCAGUUCUCUUCCUAAUUCUACUCACCAGGAGCAACAACCAAUUUUGAAUUCUACUCAGCCAUUUUCUCCAAUAUUUACUGCUCCACCUCAGUAUAAUACACCAAACCAAAAUACAUCAAGUGUGCCACUAGAAAUGCCUGUAAAUUAUCCUGCAGUUACAUUUCAGAAUGAUUCAGUAAGUGAAAUAUUGGUUCAGCAAGAUUCAUUGCCUAAACAACCUAAACCUACUAUUGUAGAUACGAGGCUAGUGAAAAACGUAAAUUCUUUGAAGAAUUACUAAUUUCAUACUAUUCAGAACAUUUGAUUGGCACCUGUAUCUUAUUCUUUUAACGAUAUUAAAUAAUUAAAACUCA